AACUUCAGAAUAGAGGAAUAUUUCCAGAUAUUGAUUCUAUUAUCCGGAAUAAGGAUGUACCAACCAUUCGAUUAUGGGUAGCAUUCAUGUUAGAGAAAUUUCGUUCUCAAAGAUUAUUUGGUUGGAGAAUGGUUGAUUUUCUCAAAGAGGCAGGUAUGAUAAUUUGCAUCAUAGAACUAAUUCCUAAGUCUAAUAAAAACGUUGUAUCAUUAUCUCAAGCUGUGAAGGCGAAUUCUUCUAUCGUUAAAGCAGAGGAGAUUUCAGAUAUAGCUAAUGCUAAUAUUCUCGAUCGUGAGACUGCUGAAUUUUUGGAGAAUAAGCUAAAGAAAACUUUAAAAGAGAUAUGUUCUUUAGACCGACAUCACAUUGCAGAUUGUUAUGAGAUUUCUCCUGAAUUAUUGACUGAAGACUUUAUCUCAGAGUAUGGGAAUUAUAAACAUAUGAGAUGGUUUAGAGCUUAUAGACAAAUACGAGAUGCGG